AUGAGUGACGAGAGAAUUGCCCAGUUCGAAAAGAAGUUCGAUGAAAUGGACACAGGCAAGGAUGGCAAGAUGAAGGCCAAGGAAUUCAACGCUCUUUAUGCCGAGCUCGAGGGCAAGGAAUGCACACAGGAGGAAUCAGACGUCAUGUUCCGUGGCAUUGAUAUCGAUAACUCCGGCACAGUUACAAAGGAGGAAUUCAUGGACAUGGUCAAGGCCGUUGUCAACAACGAUGACCUCUACACAUACAAGCUUAUCUUCCGUGCCUUCGAUAAGGAUCGCUCUAAGGCCCUCGAAUGCAAGGAAGUUAUCGCUAUCCACAAGUACUGCGGCAAGGAAGUUACACAGGAGCAGGUUGAAAAGUUCAUGGUCGAAGAGACAGGCAAGAAGAAUGGCAAGAUCACAUUCGCUAUGCUCUACAAGCUCCUUACAGGCAAGAAGAUCGCCGCUGAAACAGACCCAUAUGAUGGCAAGCUUAAGUCCAAGUGCUGCCUCCUUCUUUAA